AUGGUGGAGCCACAGCGAAAGCUUAUGCUGCGAGAGCAGGGGCGAUUUAUCGUUGAUACACGUGGUACUUCUUUUGGAUCCAUCAAUAACAAAGCCCUAGGCCCGCUUACUCCGCCCAACCCGCGUGUUUCCCGAGCAGCGCCGAGCGCGCGGCGGGGCGGGGGCGUGGCCGGCCGGUGUGGCCUGGCCCUCGCCGAAUGCGCGUGGCCGGGGCAGACGGUCGCUGCGGCCCCUCCAGCCGGCCCAACAGCCGUGGGUUCAGUCCUCGCUCGGAGUCGAGAAGCCCGCCAUGUUCCGCCUAAUGAUGCUGCUUGCCGGGUUCGGUGCCUUGCUAGCGGCACAACCCGAUUUUUUUUAGCAGAUAAUUUUAUGGUUUAUUUGUAUAAUGAAGGAUCUGUGAAUUCAUAUUCUUCAGAUAUUCAGUCUCAUUGCUAUUACCAAGGAUAUGUUGAAGGAUAUCCAAAUUCUGUUGUCACCCUCAGCACAUGCUCUGGACUGAGAGGUAUUCUGCAGUUUGAAAAUGUUUCUUAUGGAAUUGAGCCUCUGGAAUCUGCAUUUGCAUUUCAGCAUGUUCUUUACAAAUUAAGGAAUGAAACCAAUGAAUUUGCAAUUUUUACUGAAAAUAGUAGAAGUAUGGAAACAAAUGGACCAAUGAACUCUAACAUUUUUAUAAGUAAAAAAUCAGAAUCAACUGUUACAGAUUUAUUUCCUCUUUAUCUAGAAAUGCAUAUUGUGGUGGACAAAGCUUUGUAUGAUUACUUGGGCUCUGAUAAUGUAAUAGUAACAAAUAAAAUCAUCGAAAUUAUUGGCCUUGUAAAUUCAAUGUUUAACCAAUUUAAAGUUACUAUUGUGCUGUCAUCAUUGGAGUUUUGGUCAGAUAAAAAUAAGAUUUCUACAGCUGGUGAGGCAGAUGAAUUAUUACAUAGAUUUUUAAAAUGGAAACAGUCCUAUCUUACCCUAAGGCCCCAUGAUAUUGCAUUUCUAUUCAUUUAUAGGGAUUAUCCAAAGUAUGUGGGAGCAACAUUUUCUGGAAGGAUGUGUGUUACCCAUUAUUCUGCAGGAAUUGCUUUGUAUCCCAAUGAGAUAACUUUGGAAGCAUUUUCAGUUAUUGUCACCCAGUUGCUGGGACUCAGUCUGGGAAUAUCAUAUGAUGACCCAAAGAAAUGUAAUUGUUCAGGAGCCAUCUGUAUAAUGAAUACAGAAGCUAUGCAAUCGAGAGGUGCGAAGACUUUUAGUAAUUGCAGUUUGAGUGACUUUGAACGUUUCAUUUCAAAUAUGGGUGCCAAAUGUCUAAAGAAUAAGCCACAAUUGCAAAGAGCGCCACCUGCUGUUUGUGGCAACCGCAAAGUGGAGGGAGCUGAAAUCUGUGACUGUGGUACUGAGGAACAAUGUGGACCUAACAGCUGUUGUGAUCCUGCCACUUGUGUGCUGAAGCAAGGAGCACAAUGUCACAGUGGAUUAUGCUGCAGGAAUUGUCAGAUUGCUGGUACUGAUUAUGAAUGUAGGCCCAGAGCUCAUCCUGAAUGUGAUAUUCCUGAGUUUUGUAAUGGAAGCUCACCACAGUGUCAGCCUGAUAUAACUAUACACAAUGGACAUGUAUGCAAGCAAGGAAAGUUUUUCUGUUAUGAUGGAAAUUGCCAUGAUCUCGAUGAACGAUGUGAGAAAUUAUUUGGAAAAGGUUCAAAAAAUGCUCCAUUUGCCUGCUAUGAAGAAAUUCAGUCUCAAACUGAUAGGUUUGGGAACUGCGGUAAGAGCCAAAGAGCUUUUAAACCGUGUACAUGGAGGAAUCUUAUAUGUGGAAGGUUAAUUUGUACCUACCCUACUCGAACUCCUUUCCAACAAGAAAAUAUUGCUGUGAUUUAUGCUCAUGUGCGAGAUACUGUAUGUAUAACAAUAGAUUACAGAUUGGAUCCAUCAGUUCCAGAUCCAAUGAUGGUCCAAAGUGGCUCUCAUUGUGAUAUUGGGAGGAUUUGUAUAAAUGGUGAAUGUGUAGAGUCAAGAAUCAUUCAGAAUCAAUCAAGUACUUGUUCACAAAAGUGCCAUGGACAUGGAGUAUGCAAUUCUAAGGAGACAUGCCAUUGUAAUGAGGGCUUCAGGCCUCCAGAUUGUAGCACAUCUGCGCGAUUGUCUGGGAAACAGGGUACAGUCAUGGAAAGAGCUUCCAGGAAGAUUGGAAAGAACUGGUGGCUUUUAGUUCUCUACAUUUCUUUACCCAUUGUCAUUGUAGCAACAAUAAUAAUUGUGAAACGGAAUAGAUUGAAAAAGUGGUUCACCAAGGAAGAGGAAUCCCUAAGUAGCGAAUCCAGAUCAGAAGGCAGCACUCACACCUAUGCCAGCAGACAUUAUUUUUCUUUUUAUUUAGAUCCAGGUCAGAAGGUAGUACCUAUACCAGCAGUUCCAAAUCACAGGGAAGCACCCAAACAUACACCAGUAGUGACUAGUAAUUCCUUCAGAAGGCAAUGGAUAUUACCAAGAGUGUCACUGAGAAAUGAAAAUUCCGCCUUCCUCCCCUGGUCACAGCUGAAGGAAGAAAUAAAUUAACCGAGUGUGGACCAAUCUGCAUGCCAAUGUUUGUUUUCUCUUCCCCUUCCUUCACUCCAGAAUUCAGCCCCACCCCCCACCCACCC